AUGGCAGCUGAAGGGGAUUAUGCUCAAGGCUCUGCCUUUCGAGAUGAGAGACCCGCCGAGCCAGCCUCGUCCAUCUUGGCCACGCAUUUCGCUCCCCGGCUGGCAACCCAAGGGCAUGAGCCGCAGCGACUGUCUCGAGAGGCAUUUUCGCAGCUCCGGCAGGAGCUGCUCGGUGAAAAAAUAAUACCCAAUUUCGCAUGGAUGAGGGCCGGGUUGGAAGUUAGCCCCACUAGCAGCAGCCCAGAGGAGGACUUGGAGGGCCAAGUCUUAGAUUGUUUGGAGAUUAUCCAACUCAGCAUCGACAAAGCUCCCCAAGCUCUAUGGGAUGUCUCGGACCCCCUCAUUUUGGGUGAAGAUGUCCAAGCACCCUUGUUCUCAUGGUUGAUCCUGCGGUUGAUCAGACUGGCAUGUAUGUGGCACGUUGAGGCCGUCCAGGACAGGCUCCACUCCAUUCUCACCAGCAUGGCUUGUCUGCAAUACAAACAAGUCCGGUCGUCCCCGUCAUGUUAUGGGAUAUCGGCAUUCCUUCGAGCUUGUGCACUGGACACCUUGAGCUCACUGGAAGGGUUCUUGGAUAUAGACCUGCGAAGUUUUCGCCCUGUCAAGCUAUCAAUGCCAUCGAAGAGUGGAUCACUAAUGGGAGAUCUGGACAACCUGGGCCUUCCUCGUGGCCUGUUGAAGCGUAGUCUGACCCUAGGGACAUUUCCCCAGGCUGCUGCACUUGCCACUGCUUUGUUGGACGCUCUUAGUCCCGAGGCAUCAGCUCAAGGUGUUUCUAAGCGGCGAAACUGCACACUACGACAGAAUCUUCCAUGGGCAAUGAAUGGAUACCAUCGCCUUCGAAGGGUGCUUGUCAGAUGGCUACAAACUCCGGGUUUAAAGGUCACGCCAGCGGACGAGCAGAUCAUCUCACAGUUCCUGGUAUACACCCGCCGUCUCUGCGUGUCCGAGUCAUCUAUGGCUACCCUCUUGUCCGACAUGAGCCUGGCUUCCACGUGGACUCAAUGUCUAGCUGAGUUCCUUCCUCUCAGCGUUGGUCUCCCAAUGCCUGCAAUACAACUCGACUUGAGCCAUUUCGUGGACGAAGUGACUGUAGCUAUCAAACAAUCUAAGCUCAAUGUGCCACAACUGAGAGACAUCCUCCUGCCCGUUCUGACGAACAUUCGGGCCCAGGACUCUAAUCCUCAAAUAGUCGAACAGUGUCUCGGGACUUCCAUUUCUAGCCUGUACACUCAAUUGCUCGAUAAUACCACGCUUACAAUGCUCUCAGUUGGUGCGUCGUCGACCUCUCCUGAUGCUGAUUCAUCUGGCGUAAACCAAAAGCCACGGACCACAGACCAAGAGACGGAACAAGGUGAGGACGGAAUGCGGGCACCGAAGCGACUGUGUCUGUCUGCAGAGUCGUCCGAUGCGGACCUAGUCCAAAUGCUGUUGGAGGAACUUUCAACGUUAUUGGGCUGUGCAUGUGCGACAAGUCUGUCAGAUCUGUGUGCUGCUGUGCAGAAUCUAUACGAAGGAGCUUCCGAGCCCCAAAGGACUCAAUUCCUACAAGUCCUCGGCAAACUUUCAUGUGCAGUGGUGGGAACUUUGGAGCGGAAGUCAUCAGACCUUAUCACGAGCGACACACUUUCCUGUCAAAGAUGUGAUAGUGACCAGCAUGAAAUGGACAACAUCCCGGAGAAAGAGAUCGCUGGUUACGAAGACCUAUGGAAAAUCUUAAAUUUCGUCUUGCCUCGACUCUCACGUACACCCGGUCCGCGAAUCGCUGCCAUGGUCGCCUUGAGGCGCAUCCUGAUGCAUUCUCCAAAUCUAACUCAUAUGCAUCUUUCCUCGUCUGCGUCAGGGGAGUUCUGCCUACACUCUCUUCGGAGCUCCAUUCGCGAGCUUCGAGUGGCAACCGGACACUCGGUUAUGGCAUUUGUGCGACCAACUCUCCAACCGGAUGUUCGUCGAGCCAACUUUGUGAUCGUUCUAGAAUGGCUGAGAAAUCUAUCCGAAAAGAACGACAUGCCUUUACAAGAGGCGUGCGUCUUGACGUUAUGCCGUCUUGCAAGGGUCUCGGAAGAUGACGAGAAAAAUAUCAUUCUCUUACGUCUAGUGGAGUACCUCGGCCAUCCCAACCCCUACGUCUGCUCCGUGGCCUACAAUGAACUAUCCAAACUUGCACAGCAAUUUUCCUUGACACCCGCCGGCUUGUUCCGGCCGUACUGGCGAACACUCUCGGUGGCAGUUGUCAAAAAUCUUCAGACUCGCCCAUACAUGGCUGAACAACUCUGUGAACUACUGGGCAUGAAAGUUGACGGCUUUCUUCGACUAACCGAGGUCCACGUGCUUCCCUAUCUGGUUUUGACAAGAAAGCGAGACAUCAUUUGCAGAAUUGGAGCAAGCCGCAAUGAAGGCGAAUCGCCCUUCGAUGUUUGUUCGGAAAAGAACAACCUUGCUGCGAUUCUAGCCUAUCUUCUGGCUCAGCAAUCCGACAACCCAGAAGCCAUGAUUAUGUCGCUUCUUGCGGAAAUAGAUCCUGCAUUCAAGGGUCGAUCCUUGGCUGAAUUGGUGCGAAUUGAACCCAUUCUCAUCGCAUGUGACUUGCUGAAGAGCCUUGGAGAUGCCGGAGAACAAAACAAAGAAAGGUUCCUUCAAGCCCUUCGUCGCCUUGCCACUUUCGUCCCUCGAAAAUUCCUGCACGCGAAUUCUUCCAAAAAGGCUGACCUUUUAAGUCACUUCAUCGAGGAGCAUGUUCUGGGGAUCAUCACUCAAUUUGCAAAUGCAAUCAACGAUUUUCAAGUGAGGCAAACCCUGGCUGAGAAACGGCGGAACCUCAAGGCCAUCGAGGAGAUGAUCAAUAUUGCCCAAGGACAUGUUAGCAACGCACUGCCUCAGGUCUGCGCCUGCCUUCGAUCCGCGCUUGAGAUUGACGAAUUGUGCGACCAUGCAUUUUCAGCUUGGAGAACAUUGAUUCGUUCUCUGGGUGAGGAGGAUAUAGAGCCCCUGAUCGACCAGACCUGGGCAAUUGUGAUUAGAUAUUGGGAAAGGCUCACCGAUGACAGCAGAAAGCAAGCCCAUCAGCUCAUUGACCAUAUCUUGACGAACCAACCCAAUCUUGUGCGGGAUACUUUUAACACCAUGCCCUCGCUUGCCUCUAUCCCCGAAUUGGCCGCUUUCGAGACCAAGAUCAAUGAGCUGCGAGCGGAAAUGGAUGUGAGAAGCAAAUUCCUAGCCCUCAUUCGCCGCUGUCAGAGUGAAAAUUCAACUGUUGUUGAGCAAGCUCUGAGGGAAUUGAUGCCUUUUCUCUCCGACAAUGAGGAAUUUCUACAUGUAUCUGUUCUCAGCGAGCAGCCCGAUCCCGUUGUUGCACAUUUAACGCGAGCAUUGCUCGAUUGCUGUGUGAAGUUCAACACCAGCUCCGACUCCAUUACUUUGCUAUCGUCGCAAUGCCUGGGCCUGGUCGGAUGCCUGGAUCCAAAUCGGGUGGAGACAAUCAAGGAGAAAAAGGACAUUCUUGUGCUGUCCAACUUUGACAGAAUGGAAGAAACCGUGGAAUUCAUUCUCUUUUUCCUUCAGCAUGUUUUGGUUGAAGCUUUCUUAUCCGCGUCCAAUACGCGAGCGCAGGGAUUCCUGGCCUAUGCUAUGCAAGGUCUCCUCAAGAUCUGCAAUCUGAAUGCGGCUGUCACCCAAAGAUCUCGCGAUCUUCAAGGAGAUGAAAAGUAUCAGCGGUGGAUGGAGCUUCCAGAAAGUGUUCGGAAUACGCUUACUCCGUUCCUUACAUCCACCUACACAGUCACUGUUGUUGCAACAAAUUCAAAGGCCGCAUACCCCUUGCUGUCACCUAAAAUAACACACAGUGAAUGGCUUCGGGCUCUGGUGCAGGAUCUGCUUCAAACGGGAAAUGGAGACAACGCCAAGCUCAUAUUUGCAGUAUGUAGCCGUGUUGUCAAGGGUCAAGACAUCUCUAUCUCCUCUUUCCUCUUUCCAUUCGCCGCCCUAAAUCGCAUCGUUGGGGGUACCGAGCAGGAGCAGCAAGAUCUUCAGCUCGAGCUUUUGAAUGUCCUUUCCCAUCCCCUCCCGGAGGCCAACAACAACUUCCGUGAAACGAUUAUCAGCAGCAGCCAGAGUGUCUUUGAAGUUCUUGAUUACUUGUCAAGAUGGCUUCAAGGCAAGAAAAAACAGCUGAAUGCCCUUAAUGUUCAGUCGUAUCAAUCAAGUCGAUCUCAUAGAGAUGUCAGUCGGGACGCACUGCUCGAAAAAUAUGCUUCACAGAUCAAAUCUGUCGAAGUUCUACUUGCUUCAAUCCCACCAGAGAUCAUCUCGAAGAGAGCCGUUGAAUGCAAAUCGUUCUCUAGAGCUCUUUUCCACUGGGAACAGUACAUCCGCAAGUGCAAAUCACAAACGGAACCGCCAGAAAUGACUAGCUCUGAACAGCUGUAUGAGAGGCUACAAGAUAUCUACAGCCAGAUUGACGAGCCGGAUGGAAUAGAAGGCAUAUCGAGCCAUUUAUCAGCUCUCAGUAUUGAUCAACAGGUCUUGGAACAUCGGAAAGCAGGUAGAUGGGCCACCGCACAGAGCUGGUACGAACUGGAACUGGAGAAGGAACCCGAAAAUGUUGAUGCUCAGUGGAACCUCGUCACCUGUCUCAAGGAAUCUGGCCAGCAAGAUGCAAUUCUCACCCGGUUUGAGGUUCUCAAGCAGUACGAAUCCGCUGUUUCUCGACUUCUACCAUUCGCAGUCGAAGCCUCAUGGAUCACCGGCAGGUGGGACAAACUACAAGGCUAUCUGAAAUUAUGUGCCAGCAAGGAAACCGGGGAAUUCAACGUUGGAAUUGGGGCAGCUCUCGAUGCUCUUCGCCAGAAGGGGACCUCCGCUUUCAUGGAAAUCGUCAACGACCUUAGACUCAGUGUGGCAAAGUCAUUGACCGCUAAUUCCGUGGGGUCGUUACAAUCCUGCCAUGAUGACAUGCUUCGAUUACAUGCCUUGGCUGAUAUGGAAGCAAUAGUCCAGGCAGGGCCUGAGGAUUCAAAUCCUUCCAAGGACUUCUUGCUUCGUACACUGAAUCGGCGGUUGAAUGUGCUUGGGGGUUGUCUUGCUGAUAAGCAGUAUCUAUUAGGCUUAAGGCGAGCGGCAAUGGAGCUAGCGGGCGGCUUUGGCAACUCUGACAUAUCGGCUGCUUGGCUCACCAGUGCCCAUCUCUCGAGGAAAGGUAAUUUCACUGGGCAAGCAUACCACUCAAUGCUGCAUGCCGCGCGCUUAAAGGACCGAUCAGCCACGAUUGAGCACGCCAGGCUGCUUUGGAAAGAUGGACACCACCGAAAAGCAAUUCAGACAUUGGAAGGUGCUAUAGCGUCGAAUGACACCAACACGACAACCUCAUCUGUUGAUUCCCAGACUGCCUCUUUCCUUUCGGGUCGCGGGAAGCAUCAGAAUGAGACUGCUGCUGUGGCACAUCUUAUGCUAGCGAAGUGGACAGACAGGGCCGGACAAACACAUUCGCAUGCCAUCAUUGAGCGGUAUCGGACAGCCAUCAGGUUAUACCCCAAAUGGGAAAAGGCGCAUUACUACUUGGGGAAGCAUUACAACAAAAUCCUCGAGCUGGAAAAGCUUAAGCCCAUGGGGAAAGAGGCGCAGAUUUACCUGAGUGGAGAAGCCACAAAAUUGGUGAUUGACAAUUACCUUCGCUCGCUGACCUAUGGAUGCAAAUACGUGUUCCAGACACUGCCGAAGAUCUUAACACUAUGGCUAGAACAUGCCUUAGUCACCGAUCAGCCAAUAGACCCGAAAAGAGGCGAUAAUGAGUCUUUCCGGCAACAUGCACAUACCCAGCGGCUCAGGAGUCUGGAUGAGAUCCAUAGCCAGCUGAAAAAGUACAUCUUGAAUCGUCUUCAGGCCUUCUUGCUGUUCACGAUUCUGCACCAGAUGGUGGCUCGUAUCUGUCAUCGCAAUAACACUGUCUACGACCUUCUAUCGCGAAUGGUGACAAAGGCUGUUCAAAGCUAUCCACAGCAAGGCUUGUGGACUGUGCUAGCAGUAGUCAAAUCCUCGAACAAGGACCGGGCUCUCAAAGGGCAAGCCUGCCUCGCCAAGAUUCAAGACUAUAACAGCAAAGUGAAGAAGGAUACUUCUGAAAUCCGCCGCAUGAUACAGCAAGGCCAAAGGUUCUCUGACGAGUUGCUCCAACUCUGUCUCGCUCGCGUGGAAGACAGAGCCACCAAGGUCACUCUUGCUCGAAACCUCGGAUUCAACCACAAAGUCGCUCCUUGUCGACUGGUGGUGCCUUUCCAGGCGAUGUUGAUUCCUAGUCUCCCUGUGAUUCAAGAUUCUGAGCACUUGAAAGGAUUCCGGCCCUUCCCUCGAGAUCCAACGACGAUAGAGGCCGUUCUCGACGAAGCCCAAAUUCUGAACUCCCUUCAAAAACCACGCAAAAUCAGCAUACGAGGCUCCGACGGAAAAAUCUACAAUGCGCUUUGCAAACCCAAAGAUGAUUUGCGCAAGGACCAACGCCUCAUGGAAUUCAACAACAUGAUCAAUCGCUUCUUGAAACGAGAUGUCGAGUCAAGCAAACGACGAAUGUACAUCAAAACGUACGCCGUGACACCGUUGAAUGAGGAAUGCGGUAUCAUCGAAUGGGUCGACAAUCUUCGGACUUUGAGAGACAUUAUCUACACCGAGAUCAGACAUUACCUCGAUGAAAUCUGCGCAGACCGAACGUUUUCGAAGCUCUCUCUCUUCAACACGAAGAUCCUAGCUAAGCUUCCUUGCGUGCUUCACGAAUGGUUCAUCGAAAUGUUCCCCGAAACCGAGUCGUGGUUCACGGCAAGACUGAGGUAUGCGCGAUCCGCGGCUGUAAUGUCAAUGGUUGGAUACGUUCUAGGACUCGGCGAUCGACAUGGUGAGAAUUUGCUGUUCGAAGAAGGAACAGGCGGCAUUCUUCAUGUGGACUUCAACUGUCUCUUCGACAAGGGCCAAACGUUCGAAAAACCCGAGGUGGUUCCAUUCCGCCUUACUCAUAACAUGAUAGAUGCCUUCGGUGCUUACGGAUACAACGGCCCGUUCCGUAGAACCUGCGAGAUCACCCUCGGUCUCCUACGACAAAAUGAGGACGCACUAAUGACUAUUCUUGAGACUUUUCUGCACGACCCAACAACGGAUUUCAUUGGGAAAAGACGACGCACUCAUGCCAACGUUCCCGAUACACCGGCCGGCGUCUUGGAGGAUGUUCGCAACAAACUUCGGGGCUUCAUGUCUAAACAGCCCAUCCCUCUGUCUGUCGACGGGCAAGUUGAUGAGCUAAUCAUGCAGGCAACUGACAAGAAGAACCUUGCAUCGAUGUAUGUCGGAUGGUGUGCAUUUUUCUGA